AGUAUUGGCAUAUUGGCUGUCCAAACACGCGUAUCGUUUCAGUGUAACCGAUAAAUUUACGUUUCUCUUUUAUUUAUAAACAUUCGCAAGAUACAAUGACACGAAACAAGGUUGUUAAAUUUGCAUAUGUUUUAUGUUUAUCUAUUUUGGUUAUACAUAGUCCUUAUGUAUUCAAGCAAUUUGAAAUUCGAAAACUCUUCCAGAAAAGUAUUGAACAUGUUACAAACGACAAAUUUAAUAUUCCGAGUCUGUGGAAUAUGAAACAGAAAAAGAAACGUGGAGAAAUAUUAAACGAGGCAUUUGGAACGGUACACCCGAGGGUUAUUUUACAAUACGGCCAACCACGAACCGCAUCUACGCUGCAAUUUCAAAUUUUAUGCAUGCUUGUAUCCGUUCUCCAUGAACAUGAGAAAAACACUGUUGGAUGCUAUUACGAUCCUAAAUUUGAUAAAGGCUAUUUAAAGCGAUAUAGCGUUAUUAAAACGCAUAAAUUAGACAAAUAUCUUAGCAUCAUACCAUCCGAUUCCUGGAUAUUUAUAACUUCAAAGCGGGAUCAACACAAGAACGACGAAAAGAAGAUAAAACAUCUCAAUCUAACGGUUCGUUUUAUUGCCGAUAUAUCUUUGGCGCUAAAUCUCGGUCAUUUGAUUGUUUAUAAAUAUCAGACGAUAUUCAGGACAUCAGACGAACAAACAGAGCAUGUUGCUGAAUACUUGAGAUACUGGGAAAUACUUAGGAUGUGCUGCGGACGUCAAAUGUCAAAGAAAUGGCGAAUAUAUCUUUGGAAUAAAUCACAUGAUGCCUACGAACAGUCCACAUGUAAAGAGUAUAACAUAAGUGAAAUUGAAAAUCUUGUUAUGAAAACAUACAUAUUCAAAACAUUUACAAAUGUAGAAUCAACCCAUGAUGUUAUCGGAAAGCCUUCACAGGUAGACGGUGAUUUAAACGGGAACUAUUGUCAACGUUGUAAUGAAAAUAUUUCAAAAAGAAGAACGGUCUUUAAUAAGCCAUGUGUAUAAGCACGAAGCAAGUAAAAUUGCGCGGAUAUUAAACAAUAAAAACAUGAAACAGAAACUGAAUAAGUUGAUUAAACGCCUAUUUCUAUACAGUGAUAUAUUCAAUGGUGUUGUACAUAAUAAUAACAAUAACAGUAAUAAAAAAGACAAUAUUAAUUGUAUCUAUCAUAAUAGCCUUAUUUAAACAAAAAGCCAUGACCAAACCCUUCCCCCUGAGGUUAUUUUACCCUUAUUGCAAAAAUCAGUGCUUAAAGCCUUAAGUAGUACGCCCAGACGGGCUGUAAAUAAAGGUCCAAACCCCUUUGUUAAUGGUGCCACCACAGAUUGUUUGAUUAAAAGGAAUACUAAACAGUACCCUUCCCAUAGAGGCUGUACCAACAAUAACUUGGAAUUAAAAAAAAAAUGUAAAACAAUGACACGAAGACUCUGAAAUACAGUGUCUUAAGACUUUCUGUGAAUGUGUCAAGUGGUUUACUGUUGCGUAGUUCUAACGGUAGUUUAUUCCACAGUUUUGGACUAGUAGUACAUAAUUUUCUAUCACUGAAUGUUUAGCACUUGUUGUAUGGAACAACAUAACGGCAUUUGAAAUUCUCUGACGAUCUCCAACCUUGUCUACUAGCAGUAUACUGUGUAAGCAUUUCUAUUUAAUAGAUUGGUGCUAGCUAUACAUAAAAGAAAGUAGCUUGGAUUUAAUCCUUGAUUUCACUGCUUUCACUGGCAACCUAUGUGGGACAUACAAUGCUUGUUUAGAAAUUAGUUAAAUUUUCUCAUGUUAAGGAAAAGUUUUGCGCACAUUUUUUGAAUACGUUGCAUCUUACAUACCUCAUCGUUAACUAUACCAUACAGUACGACAUUGCAGUAAUCCAGAUGUGAAUUACCCAGGAAGUUAUAAUUUAAGUGACUUCUUUUGUUAGUUACUUUUGAAUCUUCUUUAUUCGUAGUUAAUUCAAAAUAGCUGUAGGACAUUUGCGAUUUACAUGAUCGUUAAUUUUCAAGGUUUCGUCAAGAAAUGCACUAAGAUCAUCACAAGCAAGUUUAAUCAAAUUCGUUAAACAUUUGUUCAAAUGAGGUCUGAGUAGUUAGGGAAUUAAGAUUAUAAGCACUAUUUGACCUAAUUUUGGCCCUAAACUUUGACCUAAAGUGACCAAUCUGACCAGUUCCAACAAAACUCCGUUUUGAUGGACGUAAGUCCCUGGGACCAAGGUUUACACAAUGUAAAACCCAGUGAAGAAAGCAUAUAUUUUAUAUAAAAUAUAUUUUAUUAAAAACCCGGAAGGAAACUUUAGUUCUGAGUAUUUGAAUUUGUUUUUUGUACUUUCUUAACAAUUAAAUUACCAACGCAGGUUUGUUAACGUCAUUACGAGCGUCCACAGCGGGUUUUUUUUUUAAACUUUUAAUUGUUUCUGUAAUUUUAUCAGCAGCUAAGUUUCCGACUUCCGUUCCAAUCUUUUUUGUUCCACUUUCACGCGCGGAUUUUCCUACAGUUUCCAGGGCUUUUUUCCAGCACUACCAAUUGAAGAUGCAACAUAAGAUGAAAACAAUUUUGUAAAAGUGUCAAAGAUACCUGAACCAUUUUGAGCGUAAAGCUCAUAAGGAACUGACAUUACUGACCAAAGAUCAACAUAAAUAAAUAUUCCUUUAUUUUUACCAUAAUCUUUUUUUGUACAAUAUAUAUUUAUAUUUCUUUUAAAAUUAGUGUAAAACUUUAUUUAACUCCAUUAAAAUUAAUUAUUCUACCACAUACAUGUGUAAUAUAUAUUCUAAUUGAAUUGAUAACAUUUUUAUUAAUUUCAGAAUAUCCGACUCUGUUUGGCUCAUUUGUAAAUGGAUCAGUUCUUGUUAAAUCUGCAGUACUUAAAGCACAGAUAAUAUCACUAAAAUUACCAUCAACAAGUGAAUUAUCAAUAGGAUCACAAUGAAUGUAAAUUGUAUCCACAAAGUUAGUUAUAUUUGGUGUCGUAGUUCCCCAUUUGGUAUUUCUCAAAGCUUUUUUCUCAAAUCCAAGCAAUGUAUGAAAAUUUGACAUUCUCAAAUCCAACAUAAAAUUAUCAUAAAUUGAAAUUAGGAUUUUAAAACUACUUCGAUCAAAUUCUAAACUUAUUGGGGCAAUGUUUGAUUUAUCAAAUUCAAAAUCACCAUUACUUAUUAGUGUUUCCCAUAUAUAAUUGUUUAUGUCCGUAUAACUGUAAGAACCAUUUGUAAAUAUGAUAUCUUUCCAAUCUUUACCAUUAUUAUAAUGAAUUCUUUUAUUAUCAUAUUCGUCACUAAUAUUAUGCCAAGAGUAAGUCAUAGUGUUAAUACUAUCCAAACCAGCAGCAUAAGUUUGUUUUUUUUUAUCUAAAAUUAAAGAAAGAAUGAAUCUGAAUGUAAAAUCGCUUGGAGUAUUUUUUAUUAUCGUUUUAAACAGCUUCAGAACUUAACACUAUUUUUUUGUUCCAUUUAUAUUCAAGAAAAAUAUUUUUUAUAUAACAUUUCAUGUUCUUUUGGUAACAAUUCAUUCAUUUUAAAUAGUUCAUCAAUUAUGCUAAUACCUUCAUUUUUUAGUUUUUCAUUAUUAUUUCCAGCAUCAAUUGAACCACAAAUAAGUUCUAAGUUACUAACCAGUUCUUCCGGAUAACAUGGAUAAACGUAAUAACCUUGACCCCUAAUUACUUUUUUAAA